ACUUAACUUACUCUUAAUCUUUUGGGGAGCGCUGUGUCAAAAAACUAUAUUUCCCAUCAUUCAUCCAUGAACUACGUCACACCGGAAACUAAAGGAAAGUUCACUGGUUGGUCGCGAGAAGCACUGACUCUAAGCUAGUUAAAGCUACCUUUUAAAAAGCGCUGAUGAUGGCAGUUGACUGGGCUGGAUAUGGAUAUGCAGCCCUCGUUGCGUCCGGAGGAGUUAUGGGUUAUGUCAAAGCAGGCAGUGUCCCUUCAUUGGCAGCUGGACUGCUGUUUGGAGGUCUAGCAGGUUUUGGUGCCUACAAGAUAUCGCAAAACUCCCAAGACAUUUGGGUGUCUUUAGCUACAUCAGGAACCUUGGCUGCUCUCAUGGGGAAAAGAUUUUACAACUCUCGGAAGAUAAUGCCUGCCGGUAUAGUGGCUGGAGCCAGUAUUCUGAUGCUGGUAAAGCUUGGUAUUGGAGUCCUGCAGAAGCCUCAAGAUUCAUGAAUGUUGCUGCAAAAAAAUAUCAGUGAUAAAAAUAAAUCAUAUUUUUGUUUGACUCUAAAUUGUACAGUUAUUUAGAAAAAAACAGCAUGAUUGCAACAAGUAUAAUGUUCUCUAAAAUGUUUAAUAAAUGAUAAAAACAUUUA